AUGUUAAGAACAGUAGCAAGAAGGUUGAACUCUGUUCAUGUACGAACAUUUCACAACACCAGUUUCAAAUAUGCAGCAUCAGUGUUCAAGAUGCCUGCAAUGUCACCAACUAUGACUGAAGGUGGUAUUAUUGCUUGGAAGGUGAAACCGGGCGACUCGUUCAAUGCAGGAGACGUCAUAUUGGAGGUCGAGACUGAUAAGGCAAAUAUCGACGUUGAAGCCGCUGACGACGGUAAGAUGUGGGAAAUUAUCGAAAAUGAAGGUGCCAAAAAUGUUCCUGUAGGAAAAGCCAUUGCCAUUACCGCUGAGGUGGACGAUGACUUGAAUGCAUUAGAAAGACCAAAUAUUGAAGAGCUGCAGCCGCUGAAAAAUGAGGAGCAGCCAAAAGAAAGUGCUAAGCCAGCAAGUAAAGACACUGAGACUAAAUCACUGAAGAAUGAUACUAGCAGCAAAAGCAAAAGCAAAAGCGAAAACAAAAGCGAAAACACCGUUUCCUCUGGUUCAAGUGUACUCCAAGCUGCCAACUCUAAUCAAAAGUUUUCACCCGCAGUUGAAUUGCUUUUGCAUGAAAACAACAUCACAAAAGAUGAGGCAUUGUCCAAAAUCAAGGCAUCGGGACCAAAUGGUAGAAUCCUUAAAGGUGAUGUUUUACUGUACCUUGGUAAAAUCCAACCUGAAAGUAUUGAGAGCAUUACUAAAUUUAUCAAGUCUAGACAACACUUGGACUUGUCAAAUAUUGUUCUUGCCAAGCCAGAAAAGACCGCAGCAGCAGAGACCGAUGCAUCUUCAAAGUCUUCUUCUGCAAAACCAGAAAAGCCAAAGCCAAGUAAUAUCCUUUCUGUUGAGUUGACUUCUAUAUUAGGAGAAGGCGUGCCAAAAGCCAAGUUUAAGUAUUCAUUUGAAAGUGCAAUUGCAUCCGCAAUUCAACAUACUUAUGCUCAAAGGUUCCCACAAUAUGCUACUUCGCCAACUGCAUCAUCUAUAUAUGACAAAUACGAUGUAUUUGAAGACUUGAUUUCAGCAUCAGUGACAAAGAAUAGGUUUGAAGUCUACGAUGUGAAAUUCAAAUUUUAUGACGCAAAUACUUCAAGUGUUGCAAAAGGAGUAUCGAGCUCAGCAUUUGAUGAACUUUUAGGAUUAUCUGAGCCAGUGCAGUAUUUGGAAACUGGAUCUCCAUCAAAUGUUGGUGUGCUGUUUAAAAUCAAGUUUGAUGCGAAAUUGCCAGAUUCCAAACAGUUUGUUGAAUUUUUCGAAAACUCUUUGCUUUCACAGAUUCCUGCAAACAAGUUGAAAAUUACAAGCUAG